AUGGAGCACCGUCGUCGGUCGAUAAACGAUCGCGAAAUUGAGUUGCAGUUGGAAGCCAUGUUUGGCCUUUCAGAUGGUACAGAUUCAGAAGACAGUUUGGAAGAUUCCGAUACUGAUGACAUUGAACAAUUGCUUUCGCCUAACAACGAUUCCUCUUUUCAACCUUGCAUUGAACCAGACUUUGCAGACUCUUUGUUGACAGCUAGAAGUAGUAGAAGACACGGAAAACAUGGGCCAGAACAGGCAACGGAUGAAUGGGAAGAAGAUGACGACCAUGAGAUUGAAGACGAAAUAGGUACAGAAAGCAACAACAGAAGAGAGAAUAUUCGGAAUGAGACAAGUGAAGGGACAACAGAUUGUGAAAGUGAUAAUGAAGUGGGAGGAGCAGGAAACGUUAGAGUACUGCGUGCUUCAACAUCUAGCGCCACCACUGCACGACCCUUUGAUUCCACAUCAAUCAAUACACGAGAUGCAGAGGUGACUGCACCCACCGCCUUGGUUUCAGAAGAAUCAGAUUCCGAUGAAGAAGAAAUAGAAUGGAAGAAAGUUGAUUGGACAAAUGAUCCGAACGUGCCUUCCUUCGAUGAAGACGAACUUCAAUCGCAGAACCAUUUUCCGAGUAGAUCUAGAACAAUCGCUUACUUCGAAGUAUUUUUUGAUAAUGAUGUGAUUGAAAACCUACUUGUUCAAUCAAACUUGUUUGCUCGUCAAUCAAAUGUUAGAAAUUUUACUCAAAUUACUAAAGACGAACUCAAAGCAUAUCUUGGAAUGCUAAUACAAAUGGGGAUACACAAACUACCGUCAAUUGAAGAUUACUGGUCUAGCAAUCCAGCAUUAUGUGUCGUGAGAUUGCUGAAACCAUGA